AAAACUGGUGAUAUGGUAGCAGUAAAGACAUUUAAUCAUGUGAGCUUCAUGCGACCCUAUGAAGUGCAGAUGAGAGAAUUUGAAGUGCUCUUGAAACUGAAUCAUGAAAAUAUAGUCAAGAUGUUUGACAUUGAAGAGGAGCAAUCAAGUAGACAGAAGGUUAUUGUAAUGGAGCUGUGUGAAGGAAGCUUAUAUACAAUGCUUGAUGAACCUCAAAAUGCAUAUGGUUUAACAGAGAUGGAGUUUAAAUCUGUUCUCAAAGAUGUUGCUGCUGGAAUGAAUCAUCUUAGAGAAAAAAAUGUUGUCCAUCGUGAUCUCAAACCAGGAAAUAUCAUGAAAGUAAAAAGGGAAGAUGGCAGAAGUACUUACAAACUGGCUGACUUUGGUGCUGCUCGUGAGCUGGGAGACAGUGAACAAUUUAUGUCACUUUAUGGCACUGAGGAAUACUUGCACCCUGAUUUAUAUGAAAGAGCUGUGUUACGGAAGCCCAUGGGAAAGAUCUUCAAUGCUACAGUUGAUUUGUGGAGUAUAGGUGUGACAUUGUUUCAUGUGGCAGCUGGUCAUCUUCCAUUUCGACCUUAUGGUGGCAGAAAAAACAGAGAAACGAUGUUUUUUAUUACUACUGAAAAGGCCUCUGGAGUAAUAUCUGGAAUCCAGAAAGAUGACGGUGGUGAAAUUAUAUGGAGUAGGGAGUUGCCAAAAACUACACAGUUGUCUCAAGGGCUAUCAAAUGUUGUUACUCCAUUGUUGGCUGGUCUCAUGGAAUGUGAUGAAUCCCUUACAUGGAGUUUUGACAAGUUUUUUUCAGAGACUCAAAAAAUAUUGUCUAUGGAAGUAAUUGACGUUUUAAAUGUCAGUACUGCUAGACUGCACAGAAUAUACGUUGAACCUGAUGCCACAUAUGCAGUGUUUCAGGACUUGAUUGCUGCCCAAACAGACAUUAGCAGUGGACACCAAGAACUAUUUUAUGACUAUGAAUGUUUCUGUCCUGAUGCUCUUGCCCAGUGUUUUACUUAUCCCAGAACUACUGAAGAAAAUGCUAUGAUUUUGUUCAGAAAAGAUGUUGUGGAAUUUCCAGCAGCCAUAGCACCCAUUAUUCCUAAAUUACCUAAAAUGUCAAACACCUACAAUCUGGAUAAUGAUGCGAUGCAAGCUAAGAUGUCAGCAGCUGUGAUGUAUUCCAUUCUGCGUGUACUGAUGCAAGUAAUUUGUAUCCAGAAUCUUAUCAAGAAAGCCAAGAAGAUAUUUCAAUUUACUCUGGUUCAAGAGCUAAAAGAAUUGAGGAUUUUUCAAAAAGAUUUUGAGAGUAAAUUUCAGAAUACCAACUCGGAAAUAGAAAAAAUGCGUGACCAAGUAACUGCCAAAGUGCCACACAUGGUUGUUGCAAUAAUUGGCAAAGAUGGAAAUGAAACAGGAAUGCAGUUGAAAGAAUUACAAGAUGAAGUUAUUAGUUUGCAACAUAAUGCUGCAGAAUUAUCACACAAGUGUAAUCAUGUAUGUCAGUCUCUGGAUGAUAUCUACCAAGACAUUGUCAAAAAGGAUGCUCUGGGAUCUAUAUGGAAUGAAAAAUGUGGUUGUGACCUAAAUGAAAAAUGUGAGGCAAAGCAAGAAGUGCUUGUGGAGAAAGUUGCAGGGACUGCUGUCCAAAGUAGAAAUGACAAGGCAUUAAAAAGACUGUCUUACAAUGAUGAACAAAUACACAAGUUUGAGAAGCAAAAAAUGUACACAUAUUGUGUGAAAGGGAACAGUCUUUAUCAGGACCACUGUGAACCCAACUUAAGACUUGUGCACAGACAAUUGUCAACAUGGUUCAAAACUGCUGUAACUUAUCGUAGAGAAAUGACCAAAAUUGAUGGUGAGAUGUCUCACCUGUAUGAUCAACAUCAGUUAUUUGCAGUGAAAGUAGUUGAAUUCAAAACAACUUUUAUGGAAAAAAUGAAAAUAAUCAAUGUAGCAAUAGAAAAUCUGCUAAAGUCAAGUUUGGAGAAAUCCUCAUAUAAUGAGGGUACGAACGCUGGUCAUCACACAACUUUGCCACCUAAACACAAAGUUCUUAUUCCAAAAGAUCUCAAAGAAGAGAUCAAAAUCUUCAAAAAAGAAAUGAAGAGUAUGAAUGACAAACUGAAGGAAAACAACACUGUCAUGCAUGCCUAUAAGAAUUCCGUAGAUGAGUUACAGAAGGGUGAUGACAAGGAUUUUAACUUUGAAAAUGGAGAUUUAGAGAAAUUGGAAUAAAGGUUUAUUUUUUUUACUUGCGUUGAAAAGAGCAUUUCAUGUUAUCAUAAUAUAAUAAUUAUAAUUACCAAUUUAUUGGACGAACCUUUUGUCAGGGUUUGAUGAAAUAUUUUUUAAAAUUGUAAUUUAUUUCAAAUCCAUGCACAAUAUUUUUUAGUUUGUUUAACGAUAGUGAAGUAAUUGAAUAUGAUGUUUUCAUUAUGUGGUAUUUAGAUAGUUACCAUUGAAAUUUAUCACAGUAAAUCAUUCAAAAAAACAUGCAAAAUAAUCCAAAAAGCAGUCCUUUUGGAGCAUUAUCCAAUGAUAGUUUAUACUAACAUUCGAAAUACUACAUAUCAUUUUUUUUUUUUUUUUUGGCAUAGGCCACUGAACACAAAAUUAUUAUGAGUUAUGAUGGAAUGUUUAUGCAAUAGGAAACAAUUGUAAACUAAUCAAAA